AUGGAAGAAAUCGCCGAUAUUGUUCGACAGAUCGGCCGGCAGCAAGGAGAAAACGUAUACUUCCGAGCUUGCUACGCCCUUUUCAAGCACCUGCAGGAGAAGGCCAGGGAAGCAUCUGAGGACCUGCUCCGCCUUCACCAAUCUGGCACUUUUGGUUCAUCCGAUGACGAGUUCUACGCCGCCUACCAAGUCGCACAGGAACUUCGAAUCUCAGUACAUGAUCUGGUUGACCAGGCAUGCAAAGCCCAGUUGGCCUGUGAGGAGUUCUGUCAGUUGGAGCCCAGAUAUUCGGCGCGUAAAGCUUUCAAGUUUACAGACACGACACAAACAGCCGAGGCGUCUGAGACCAAUACCCAGGAGGGUUGUGAUAGCCCCCGGUCGAUGCGGUUCAUAAUACUACCAGUGAACGAUAUCUGA